AUGCAAAUGCCUCCUUCAGGCCAAGAGGAAAGCCGUUGUGCCUUUUCAAAAAUGCGAUUCUCAUACCUCAAACCAAGGCUUUUACAUAGCAUAAACACGUCAAAGCUCAAAACGACGACCCUUCACCAUCAAUCCAACAUGAACCAUAGAGCUGUUGAACAACCCUGCUUGGAUAUCCUCCAAGCCUGUAACACUCUUCCCAAACUCGCUCAACUCCAUACCCACAUUAUCAAAUUGGGUUUCCAGAAUAACCCUUUAGUCCUCACCAAGUUCACUUCUGCUUCGUCCAAUCUCGAUGCCAUCCCCUACGCGAUGUCGCUUGUUUUCUCAGUGGAAGAUGCCCGUGUCUAUGACGCCUUCCUUUUCAGUACUAUCAUUAGAGCUUACGCUGAAAGUAGUCAAUCCAAGCACAAUGCUAUAUUUUAUUAUAACCUCAUGCUUGGAUAUGGGAUUUCGCCCAAUAAAUAUGCGUUUCCCUUCGUUCUAAAGGCCUGCGCAGGUCUUAGGGACUUGAAUUUGGGUAAGGCGGUUCAUGGUUCAUUGGUAAAAUUUGGGUUUGAUGAUGAUAUUUUUGUGCAGAACACUAUGGUUCACAUGUAUUGCUGCUGUUCCGGAGGGAUGGAGUUUGCUAGGAAGUUGUUCGAUGAAAUGCCAAAGUUGGACCCGGUUACGUGGACUGCAAUGAUUGGCGGGUACGCACGUUUGGGCCAGUCUGCUGGUGCUGUUGGGCUGUUUAGGAAGAUGCAGAUUGCAGGUGUUUGCCCAGAUGAUGUUACCAUGGUUUCCGUUCUGUCUGCUUGUACUGAUUUAGGUGCCCUUGAGCUUGGAAAAUGGAUUGAGUCUUAUAUCGAGAAGGAAAGGGUUUUAAAAACUGUAGAGCUCUCUAAUGCCCUCGUAGACAUGUUUGCAAAGUGUGGGGAUGUUGAUAAAGCAUUGGGGUUAUUUAGAAACAUGAGCAAGAGAACAAUUGUUUCUUGGACUUCUGUCAUCGUUGGCCUGGCUAUGCAUGGUCGAGGAUUGGAGGCCGUUUCUUUAUUUGAGGAGAUGAAAGCAUCUGGGAUGGUCCCAGAAGAUAUUGCAUUUAUUGGGUUGCUCUCAGCUUGUAGUCACUCAGGUUUAGUUGAAAGGGGCAGGCAAUACUUUAGUGAAAUGACUAGGCAAUUUGGCAUUGUACCUAAGAUAGAGCACUAUGGAUGCAUGGUGGAUUUGUUAAGCAGGGCUGGACUUGUCACUGAGGCACUAGAGUUUGUUGAAAGAAUGCCCAUUGAGCCAAACCCAAUAAUCUGGCGAACUCUGAUUAGUGCUUGCCGCGUCCAUGGUGAGCUCAAGCUUGGGGAAAGCAUCAGUAAACAGUUAAUCAGAAAUGAACCCAUGCAUGAGUCAAACUAUGUGUUACUUUCCAAUAUCUAUGGAAAAAUGUUAGAUUGGGAGAAGAAAUCCAAGAUUAGAGUUGCUAUGGGGAAGAAAGGGAUCCAAAAGGUCCCAGGAAGCACCAUGAUUGAACUAGACAAUGAAAUUCAUGAAUUUAUUGUAGGAGAUAGAUCACAUAAUCAAUAUAAUGAAAUUAUUAAGAUGGUGAAUGAGAUGGGGAGGGAAAUGAAGAGGGCUGGAUAUGCUCCUACUACAACAGAGGUGUUUCUUGAUAUUGAUGAAGAAGAUAAAGAAGAUGCUUUAAGUAGACAUAGCGAAAAGCUGGCUAUUGCUUUUGCACUUCUGAACACACCACCAGGAUCUCCUAUUCGGAUUACAAAGAAUUUGCGGGUUUGUGGUGAUUGUCACUCUGCUUCUAAGUUCAUCUCCAAGAUUUAUAAUCGAGAAAUUGUGAUGAGAGACAGGAGCCGGUUUCACCAUUUCAGAGAUGGGCAAUGUUCAUGUGGAGAUUUCUGGUGAUAAAUGAACAUCAGUUUUGCGCUUGAGCAACAUUCUCUAUGAACCCAUGUUGUAUUGAUCAGAUAGGAUCUAGAGGCUAUUACAGAGCAAGGGAUUGUGUGCCAGAUAUCCCUGAUGAUUAUUCAGCAGGUAGUAUGGUGGUGUCAAAAUUAUGGACAAGAUGGUGUGAUCAAGCAAUGGGACAAUUCUGUUGCAGUGAAGUUUGAUGCAAGCUAAUACAUAAGGAUUUCCAGCAAAUGGGUCACAUUUUGGAAGAAUCUUACAGAAUAUGCAAUUCAAGGUUGGAUGGGGUUCUCCUGUAUUUAUAUUCAAUAAUCACUGUAAUGCUUCUACCGUCACUUACCUUAUUUUCAGAGGUCUGGUUGAGGCAUACUGUGAUCAGGUACUGGAAUAUCCUGAAAGAUGUUUUCAUGGCUGCACCAGGUUUGUCCAGGAACAGGAUCAAAGCUUACUAUUAACAAUCUAUGUACAUGUUACAAAGCAAUUCAUCCAAAUUUUUUUACGAUCCAAAAAUUCAUUUAUGAAUUGAAGCCUUUGAUGCAAAUGACUUUAAUCAUCAAAGUUUCAAGAGUAGUGUAUUCUGCUUGAAUUUGCAUUGGAGAAAUGGAGUUGGCCUUUACAGCUGAGUUGAUCAAUAUGAACUGAUUUGGCAAUAGGAGUUAGUGACCAAUCAAUGAAAUUUAAACCUGCAAGUGAAUGAAAAACCCAGGAAUCAUAUCUAAUUCACACAGACCAAUUGUGAGUUAAGCUAUAUAUUACUAAGUAUAGGCCAUUCAUGCAUCAAUAUGAUGCACACUCAAACAUAAGCAUGGUUGCAGGCUCCAACAUAACCUUGCAUGAGAGAGCAUGAUCAUCCUACAGGUACACACUCACCCUGAAUAUACUACUUACUUUUAUAUGAAGUCCAUUUCCAAAUCCUCAGGUCAUGUCCUUCUCUUUCCUUGGAGGAGCUAGAUUUGUCAAUCAUCUCUACAUAUCAAAUUUUCAAUUCCCUUGGUCAAAAUAAUUUGCUCUAUAAAUCGUAUUUCAGCAUGUCAUAUGGGUGUUUCAUAGGCAUUAUUCCACAAUGAUUAGAUACUUCUUUGAUCAAUCAUUAAUUUUUGCAUGUGGAAACUGAUUUCUUCUGGCAAGCACCCAGCAUGUUCUAGAACUGUAACAGUAUCAGUUUUGAUAUUUUUUCUUCUCCCUUCUUUCUGGGGAUAGGGGCCCAGGGCACAGGUGUGUGGUUUCUGAAUAUUGGUUUUGAUAAUGUUCAUACAAGGAAAAACAGAAGGGCCACUGCUAUAUCCAAAAGUAUAUAUUCCAGUGAUAAUGCAUGUUCAAUAUUCCUAUUUUUUUUUUUUCUUACCUUCCAUUCCAAUGACUCUCCAUGACAUUUAACUGCCUUGUGUUUUGCUACACAACAUGGAGUGGGAUGAAUAGGGAAACGUAAAAGAUGAAAACUAGAUAAAUAAAAAUCCUUCUAAAUGACUAAAACCUUUAAUUUUGCAACACAAGAAACAUCUCAAAUGAUGCCAAAACAAUCUAAUUUGUCACAAAUUGUGGUGGAGGUCAAUGCCAGGACCUGCAUAUAAGAGAACGUCCUAAGACGUUUAACUUUGCCAGUGCAAGUAUAGCAAAGGGAAGAUCCUUAGUUCCAUACCUUAAUUUCUAGUGUUUCUCAUGCUCUUUUCCUAUUAAUUUUGAUGCUAUGGUUUGUUUCCUUUCCUUCCUAGUUUUCAAUUUUAUUUUUUUUUUCAGUUGAAGACGUUUUUGAAAGCUUUACCAUGAAAGCUUUUACUCAUUAUCGACAAACAAAUAUUGACUUUAUUUUUGCUAUAAGGAUAGAAAGAUGAUUUGGUCUAUCACUGACAUCAUAGAUUCCAAUGGAUUCCCUGCUGACAAAUCCUAAACUAGUGGUUGGGUAUCUGCUGCCCUUAUUUUAGGUACACAAUUUUGACUCUUUUGUUGCUUCAUAAUCUAUGCUCCAUUUUCAUGAAUCGUAACACUUAUUUUGAUAGUAAUCUAUGCUCCAUUUCAUAUCAAGUAUGCAAAAGAAUUCCCGAGAUGACUCAUUUUAAUCAGGUAUUGUCUUGAGUAUUCUAUCAAUUCAACACCAGAGGUUAUGAAAUAUUGGUUUUAGUAUUCUUUUCAGUCAUGACUUUUUACCUUAAUGGAGAUUGCACUUCAAAUCCAAUUCUUCCUGUUACUCUUGUUAAUAACGUUUGUUUUCCAUGAGAUAGUUGUAGGUACAAACUGCUAUCCAGGGUCACUAAGGACCUGGAUAACAUAUAAGCUCUCUUUCUCUCUCUCUCUCUCACACACACACACAUAAACACAUGAGGUUAUUUUACAUUACACAAUUUCAGUGUUUCCACCAGCAAAUGAUCAUAUGUACAAAAACAUAUUUGUUUGACCAGUGAAAACUUAACUUUUGUACAAUUGUCAAUGUAAGAGAAACCUUAUAUAAAUUUCAAUUGACUAAACCAUCAAAAUUCUUCUGGGGAUCGAAAUAUGUGAGACGCUCUCCACAAUGGGAAUAGCAGUGAAUCUUGUAACAUACUUGGCUAGGACAAUGCAUCUGCCAAAUGCUACUUCUGCCAAUACUAUAACUGAUUUCAUGAGUCUUCUUUUCUUCUGUUUUUGCUUGGUGGCUUCCUUACAGACUCCUUAGGCAGAUACAAGACCAUAGUAACUUUGUCUAUAGUGCAAGUUCUUGUAAGUUAAUCUUCUUUUCUUCUUCUUGCUAUGUUUUACCCACCCCCAUCAAAUAAAAAGAAGAAAAAAAGGGAAAAUGAAAAAAUACAACCCUCUAAAUAACUUUUGCUUUUUCUUCUUUACUUCUACUGGAUUUCUAAUAUGGUGAAAUGCGAAAAUGACGUAAUAAUGGUGAAUCAGGGUACCAGCAUGUUAGCAGUAUCAACCAAAGUGCCACAGUUACGCCCAGCUUCUUGCCAUGCUACUGCAACCAACAAUGCAAACAAGCUAGCAAAUUCCGGGUGGAAAUUCCUUAUGUAUCUUUAUAUCCAACUACACUUAGAACAGGUGGUCUAAAAUCAAGUGUAUCAGGUUUUGGAAUUGAUCAGUCAAAUAAUCUACUUCUUCAAUAGGUUCUUCUUCAUUAGCUUUGGAACUUUGAUGGCAGUUAUUGAACUUGUCUGCAUUCAAGUUGAAGUGGGUCGAAGCUGGAGUUAUGGGAUCUGCUUUGUUCCGAUGUUUGCUGCUAUUUUGAUAUUUUUAUCAGGAAUUAAAGAUACAGAUACAAGAAAAGCCCAGGAAGCCCCAUAGUCCACAUCCUCCAAAUUAUUGUGGCUACCACAAGGAAGAUGAAGACUGAAGAUACCUUCUAAUGGUGGUGUAUUGUAUGAGGAUUUUCCAGGAGUUUCAAGAAUUGACCAGACAGAUGAAUUCAAUUUCUUGGACAAGGCUGCUAUUCUCGUAGAAGGCAGCUAUAACAUAAAUGGUUUCACAGCUCCAAACCCAUGGAAAUUGUGCCCAGUAACAAAGGUGGAGGUGAAAAUGAUGAUCAGACUUCUACCAAUUGGGCCAACAACAAUCAUGUUAUGGACCACAUAUGCACAAAUGCAGAAACAUUUUCAGUAGAGAAAAGGAAGCAUCCAUCAUGAAGAGAUCCAUAGGGGAUUUCCAAGUUCCAGUUGGCUCACUUACAGUCUUUUUUGUUGAGGCCAUACUGGUCACUCUGGUAAUUUAUGACCAUUUCUUAAUACAGCUUUGGAGAAAAUGGAAAGGGAAACCAGGUAAGAAUCUGAUUUCUGGAAGCCCUAUGGAAGUAAACACUAAACAUUGUUCAGUUCUGUUCUCCAUGGUUCAUGUGAUCAUUUUCAGGAUGCGUGUGAAAAAACUAUGUCAUCUCAAUUGUUUGU